ACCUCACCAAACCCAACAGAGCUUCAGUCUCCAUCUGAUCCCACUGGACCUCAAGUCUGACUUGAAGACAGCAGUCAGAGUUAUCAUUUCACCCGGAGAGGAAAUCAGAGGAAUCGACUCAAUGAUUAUAGACGAAAGAAAAGACAACACCGAGCAGCAACGCAAGCUGGCAGGACUGGACAAACACCAAGAGGUCCAGCAUGGGGUCGAGUCCCAAGAGAAGCAGAUGAACGGUGAUGUCCCUUUAAAUUCCUCCAUCAAUGACAAAAUCAAACGAGCCGAUCUGGACUGGACGGUUCCCAUGGUUGUGCACCUGCCCAUUGCAGUUCUGAACCACGAGCAGGCCUUCCCCUUCCUGAACACCACACUCGCUGACCUGGGCAUUGAUGAAUCAGCGGUGAAGGAGCGUGUAGUGUGGGUGGACUCGAAGCGCACGCAGGUGAAGGGAAAGUCUGGGAAGCUAAAGGAGAAAGAGGUGACACUUCUAGAGAUGAGGGUAAAGGCGCAGCAUCCUGGAGAACGUCAGAGUCAGGAGGUGAUUUACAGCACUGAGUCCCACACUGACCGCUCAUUCUGCAGAAGCGGAGUGGACAUCCAGCCGUGGAGACACACACAGCCAGCUGAAAAUGAACUCCAGCCAGUGGAAAUGACUCUGGCUUUGGACACAGCAUCUGAAUCCAAGACCAAAGGCCAGAAGACCCAAGAAAAAUUAGACUUGCCAGGCGAGAAGUGAAUGGAAGACAUUUGACAGCAAGGCUAAAGCAAUCUAACAGAAAUAGAGUUACAUAGAAGACGUUCAUUUUAUACUCUUAUCUAAAGUCUAUGUGCAACGCAGCAUUUGAAGGAUUUUAACAUUUGAUGUGGUUGAAUAUCUAAGGUUUUUAUUAACAAUACUUUAAAAAGAGGUUUCAAGUGCUUGCUAUUUUUGUACUUUGAAAUAAUCAGCAUUUAAUCAAACAACUUUAGGUCUUGAAAAAUGAUUUUACAUGCAUAUAGAAAGCAUAUUAAAUGCUAGGGCCUGACUUAAUAUAUUUUGUGAAAAUAACAUUUCAAAAUGUGUGUGACAUAGUUCCAUCUUCAUUCAGUGUAACAGAUAUAUUUAUGUAAAAGAGAAAGAUUAUACUUAUUCUGACCUGCGCUUAGUAAUAUCAAUUUUACCUAGAAAAACUUAAUUAGUUAACAGUUUAUGUUAGAAACUCCAGCAGUUGGUUAACUUCUAUUCUAAAUAUCAAAAGAAAUUAGUCCAAGGCACUCGGAAUAUGUGGAAAAUUUAAAAAGCCUUUAUUCACAUGGCUUAAUCUUAAAAGAUUAAGCCAUGUGAAUAAAGGUUUUUUAAAUUUUCCACAUAUUCAGAGUGUCUUGGACUAAUUUCUUUUGAUGUUUUGAUGAAUCCCUCACCCAAAGAGCACUGAUCAAAUAUUUGAGUUACCCCUGAGCGCUUUUUGUUUGUUUUUCUGGAUUUCUAUUCUAAAUACUUUGUCAUUUUAGAAACUAUUCUUAAACUGAAUGACAUUUUAGUAGGUGUCUAUUGUAAAUCAUUGUAAAAAAAUAAAUAAUUUCUUUGCUUGAAAUAAAACAUGAUAUUC